AUGACGUCUGUACAGAGGUGGCCAGAACAGGGUUGGGCACUCCUACAGCUAUUGUUGGUGGCAUAUUUCACUCAUGCUGAGGAGCCUGUGUGCAGAUGGAGAGGGGAUCAAGAGAAUCCACAGCUUUUCAAGGAUGGAGACAUCAUGUUAGGUGGAAUCUUCGCUUUCCACAGCAGCUGGAUAGACAGACAUGAUACCUACAUGCACAAACCACUGCCACUGCAAUGCACCAGUUUGAAUUUCAGAGGGUUCCAGUUUGCCCAGGCUAUGCUCUUUGCCAUAGAGGAGAUAAACAACAGCACAGAAUUACUGCCUGGCAUCUCUCUGGGAUAUAAGAUCUAUGAUACCUGUGCCUCCAUUACCAGGGGAGUGAGGGUUACACUGGCCUUGGCUAAUGGUGAUCCAGCCGUAACUGCACUAUCUGAGAAACCGUGUGCCAGACCUGCUGAAGUGCAGGCUAUUAUGGGAGAGAGUUCUUCCUCUCCUUGCAUGGCUAUAGCUACUGUCAUUGGACCCUUUCAUAUCCCAAUGAUCAGCCACUUUGCAACUUGUCCUUGUCUCAGUGAUAAAACCAAGUACCCAUCAUUCCUCAGAACAAUACCCAGUGACUACUACCAGAGCAGAGCCCUGGCUCAGUUGGUCAAGCACUUUGGUUGGACUUGGGUUGGAGCUAUUAGAUCAAAUAAUGAUUACGGCAAUAAUGGCAUGGCCAUAUUCAUAGAAACUGCCCAGCAGCUGGGCAUCUGUCUGGAAUACUCUGUUUCUGUCUUUAGAAAAGAUCCACCUGAAAAAAUACUAAAGAUAGUUGAAAUUAUCAAAGCUUCCACUUCCAAAGUGAUUGUUGCUUUCCUCUCCCACAAAGAUAUGGAUGUGCUACUACCUGAGUUGUCUCACCACAACUUGACUGGGUACCAGUGGGUAGGUAGUGAGAGCUGGAUCUUUGAGUCCGAAACUGCAGCCAUGGAUAUACAUCACAUUCUGGAUGGUGCCAUAGGCUUGUUCAUUCCCAAAGCACAUGUCAGUGGCAUGAGAGAGUUCAUUUUGGAUGUGAAGCCGUUAAAUUCAACAAGUCAGAAAUUGUUUACAGAGUUUUGGGAGAAAUUAUUCAGCUGCAAUUUCAAACACUCAAAGUUAUCAGCUGGGAAUCAAAGAGAAUGUACCGGACAUGAAGAUGUGACUGGAGUGCAAAAUAGCUUCACCUAUAUGUCUCUCAUGCCUAUCUUUUACAAUGUUUAUAAAGGAGUGUAUGCUGUGGCCCAUGCACUUCAUAAUAUUCUCAGCUGUAAUAAAACAUGUAAUGAAAAGAUACAGCUAGAUCCGCUGAUGAUUUUACAGCACAUUAAAAAGAUUCACUUCAAAACAAAGGAAGGAGAUGAGGUUUACUUCAACGAGAAUGGAGACCCAGCAGCAAAGUAUGAAAUUAUUAACUGGCAGCCAAAAGAAAAUGGCACUGUGGACUUUGUCACAGUUGGUCUUCAUGAUUCAUCUUUACCUGCAGAUAAACAGCUGAAUCUACAAAACAAGUUUUUAUUUUGGGCCCAGAACUCACAAAAGGUGCCUUUGUCAGUUUGCAGUGAGAAGUGUCCCCCUGGAACUCGCAAGGUUCUCCAGAAAGGAAAGCCUGUCUGCUGCUAUGACUGUUUAAGAUGUGCAGAAGGAGAACAAAGCAAUGCCACAGAUUCUAUCACCUGUGUAAGAUGUGACCCUGAGUUCUGGUCAAAUGAGAGAAGAGAUGCCUGUGUAAAGAAGGUGGAAGAGUUUUUAUCAUAUGAAGAGACAAUGGGAGCACUGCUCACUGCAGCUUCUCUCUUUGGAACAUGCAUGACUGCUGUUGUGGCGUUCAUUUUCUUCAGAUACAGACAGACUCCUGUUGUCAGGGCCAACAACUCUGAGCUGAGCUUCCUGCUGCUCUUUUCCUUGAGUUUGUGUUUCCUGUGUUCUCUGACCUUCAUCGGCCGGCCCUCUGAGUGGUCCUGCAUGCUGCGACACACAGCAUUCGGCAUCACCUUUGUCCUCUGUAUCUCUUGUGUUCUGGGGAAAACAAUAGUGGUGUUAAUGGCCUUCAGGGCCACACUCCCAGGUAGUGAUGUGAUGAAAUGGUUUGGGCCUGCACAGCAGAAACUCAGUGUUCUAGGUUUUACUCUUGUACAAGUUAUCAUAUGUAUCCUUUGGUUAACAAUUUCUCCUCCUUUUCCAUUUAAGAAUUUUAAAACAUUUAAGGACAAAAUCAUCUUAGAGUGCGCUCUGGGCUCAGCUGUAGGCUUUUGGGCUGUACUUGGGUACAUUGGACUUCUUGCCAUGUUAUGUUUCAUUCUUGCUUUUCUGGCUCGGGAACUGCCUGAUAAUUUCAAUGAAGCCAAAUUUAUCACCUUUAGCAUGUUGAUAUUCUGUGCAGUAUGGAUCACUUUUAUCCCAGCAUAUGUCAGCUCUCCUGGGAAGUUCAGUGUUGCUGUGGAGAUAUUUGCUAUUCUGGCUUCAAGUUUUGGACUGCUCAUUUGUAUUUUUAUUCCAAAAUGUUGUAUUAUCUUACUGAAACCAGAGAAGAAUACAAAAAAGAAUAUGAUGGGGAAGGGGGGACCUAAGUGGCCAGAACAAGGUUGGGCACUCUUACAGCUGUGCUUGGUGGCGUCUUUCUCUCAGGCUGAGGAGCAGGUGUGCCGGCUGAGAGGGGAUCCUGAGAACCCCCAGCUAUCUAAGGAUGGGGACAUUAUGUUAGGGGGAAUUUUUGCUUUCCAUAGCAGCUGGGAAGACAGACAGCAUACUUAUACAAGAAAACCAUUCCCACUGCCAUGCAUCAGUUUGAAUUUCAGAGGGUUCCAGUAUGCCCAGGCUAUGCUUUUUGCCAUAGAGGAGAUAAAUAACAGCACAGGCAUACUACCUGGCAUAUCCCUAGGAUAUAAGAUCUAUGAUGUAUGUGGCUCCAUUGCGAGAGGUGUGAGAGUUGCACUGGCCUUGGCUAAUGAUAAUGACAAAGUAUUUGCACCCUUUGAAGCAUCAUGUACCAGAACUGCCCAAGUGCAGGCCAUCAUGGGAGAGAGUUCUUCAUCUCCUUCCAUGGCUAUAGCUACUGUUAUUGGACCCUUUCAUAUCCCACUGAUCAGCCACUUUGCAACUUGUGCUUGCCUCAGUGAUAAAACCAAGUACCCAUCAUUCCUCAGAACAAUACCCAGUGACUACCACCAGAGCAGAGCCCUAGCUCAGUUGGUCAAGUACUUUGGCUGGACCUGGGUUGGAGCUAUUAGAACUAAUGAUGAUUACGGCAAUAACGGGAUGACCACAUUUAUGGAAACCGCCCAGCAUCUGGGUAUCUGUCUGGAGUACUCUGUAUCUGUCUUCAGAACAGAUACCCCUGACAAAAUUCAAAAGAUAAUUGAAAUUAUUAAAACUUCCACUUCAAAAGUAAUUGUUGCUUUCCUCUCCCACUUGGAUAUGGACAUUGUUUUACACAAGUUGGCCUACCACAACUUGACUGGGUACCAGUGGGUUGGCAGUGAGAGCUGGAUCUCUGAUUCCCAGACUGCAGCCAUGGAUAAGCAUCACAUACUGGAUGGUGCCAUAGGCCUCUCCAUCCCCAAAGCACAUGUCAGUGGCAUGAGAGAGUUCAUGUUGGAUGUGAAGCCACUUAAUUCGUCUAGCAUAAAAUUGUUUACAGAGUUUUGGGAGACACUUUUUGAGUGCAAGUUUAACCUCUCAAUACCAUCAGCAGAAAAUCAGAAAGAAUGUACUGGAAAUGAAGAUGUGACUGAAGUGCAAAACACAUUCACUGAUAUGUCACUCAUGCCUAUCUUUUACAAUAUUUACAAAGGAGUGUAUGCUGUUGCCUAUGCACUUCAUAAUAUUCUGAGCUGUAAUAAAACAUGUGACAUUAGGGUGCAGCUUAAACCAUUUACGAUUUUACAGCACAUAAAAAAUAUUUGGUUCAAAACAAAAGAACGAGAUGAGGUUUACUUUAAUGAGAAUGGAGACCCACCAGCAAAGUAUGAAAUUAUAAACUGGCAGCCAACAGAACAUGGCAUUGUGGACUUUGUCACAGUUGGUCUUUAUGACGCGUCUUUACCUGCAAACAAACAGCUGACUCUGCAAAAUAAGUCUUUAGUUUGGGCACAGAACUCAGAACAGGUCCCUCUGUCAGUUUGCAGUGAGAAAUGUCCCCUUGGAACUCGCAAGGUCCUGCAGAAAGGAAAGCCUGUCUGCUGCUAUGACUGUUUAAGAUGUGCAGAGGGAGAAAUCAGCAACAUUACAGAUUCUAUCACCUGUGUGAGAUGCCAUCCUGAGUUCUGGUCAAAUGAGAGAAGAGAUGCCUGUGUAAAGAAGGUGGAAGAGUUUUUAUCAUAUGAAGAGAUUAUGGGAGCACUGCUCACUGCAGCUUCUCUCUUUGGAACAUGCAUGACUGCUGUUGUGGCGUUCAUUUUCUUCAGAUACAGACAGACUCCUGUUGUCAGGGCCAACAACUCUGAGCUGAGCUUCCUGCUGCUCUUCUCCUUGACUCUGUGUUUCCUGUGUUCUCUGACCUUCAUCGGCCGGCCCUCUGAGUGGUCCUGCAUGCUGCGACACACAGCAUUCGGCAUCACCUUUGUCCUCUGUAUCUCUUGUGUUCUGGGGAAAACAAUAGUGGUGUUAAUGGCCUUCAGGGCCACACUCCCAGGUAGUGAUGUGAUGAAAUGGUUUGGGCCUGCACAGCAGAAACUCAGUGUUCUGGGUUUCACGCUUGUACAAGUUAUCAUAUGUAUCCUCUGGUUAACAAUUUCUCCUCCUUUUCCCUUUAAGAAUUUUAAAACAUUUAAGAACAAAAUCAUCUUAGAGUGUGCUCUGGGCUCAGCUGUAGGCUUUUGGGCUGUACUUGGGUACAUAGGACUUCUGGCCAUGUUAUGUUUCAUUCUCGCUUUUCUGGCUCGCAAACUGCCUGAUAAUUUCAAUGAAGCCAAAUUUAUCACCUUUAGCAUGCUGAUAUUCUGUGCAGUAUGGAUCACUUUUAUCCCAGCGUAUGUCAGCUCUCCUGGGAAGUUCAGUGUAGCUGUGGAGAUAUUUGCUAUUCUGGCUUCAAGUUUUGGACUGCUCAUUUGUAUUUUUAUUCCAAAAUGUUACAUUAUCUUACUGAAACCAGAGAAGAAUACAAAAAAGAACAUGAUGGGGAAGGGAGCACCAAAAUCCUCAUGA